UGUACCGAACACCUCAUCUUCAAGUUCUUUCUACACAAGAGAAAGAAGCAAACCCACUUGAGGACGAUGGCAAGCUCUACUCCUCUUUCAAAGAUGUCGCAGCAACAGCAACCAAUUUAUCCUCAGCAACCACAGCAACAACUGACGGCGCCGACUCAGGUGCCACAGCAGCAGCAGCAACACAACAACUGAAGCACCGCAGCAACAACAACAGCUGAUGGCACCGCCUCCACAGCAGCAACAACUGAUGAUGCCGCAGCAGCAACAGCCACCGAUGAUGCCUCAGCAGCAACAAGAAGUAAUGGUGCCGCAGCAGCAGCAGCCACAUGUGAGGUUCAGUGAUAUGGUACAGGCCCCGGCAGCUCCUCUUACCCCUGCUCCUUCCUACACAUAUGCACCGAAGACGCAGCCGCAGAGGAUGAGGAGUGAACGACACAUGUUCACCACCUCAGACGACAAUGUGAUGAUGAAACAGAUCCUGGGUACUCAUGCUUACGAUGGCCGUGAGGUAGAAGUCAGGCCCCUUCUCCAACUUAUCGAAGAAAUCCUUCAGCGCUCCACCACCGCCCCAACUUAUGAUCGCGCCCUUCAAGGUAUGAUAAAAAAAAUGUCCAUAGGCCCCACAAGUUACUUCACAAUGGAUAGCUUGGAUGAAAGGACCCAAGAGGCUGCCUUCGUAGGCAUGCUUGAAGCAUUGGCUUACACUAUACAUAAGAUCUCCAGCGAGAUAUCGUGCAAGUGCUCAGGGGGUGGGGAUGCCCACACGACAACAGUGGCACUGUUCAACACCCUAUCAAGCUUCUCCUGGGAUGCGAAGGUGGUGCUGGCCUUGGCUGCCUUUGCCGUCACCUAUGGAGAGUUCAUGCUAGUGGCAGAACUCUAUGUGACUAACCCAUUGGCUAAGUCGAUAGCGUUGCUUAAGCAAUUACCUGACAUAUUUGAGCAAUCCGAGAUGUUAAGGCCUAGGUUUGAUGCGUUGAGGUUACUUCUCAAGGCCAUGCUCGACGUGACAAAGUGCAUUGUCCAGUUCAAUGAGCUACCACAUCAGUACAUCUCCCCCGACCAACCACCUAUGUCAGUGGCUGCUACCCACAUCCCCACUGCUGUUUAUUGGACGAUCAGGAGCGUUGUCGCUUGUGCAUCCCAGAUUAUUGGUCUUAUUGGCUUGGGUCACGACUAUAUUCCAUCAACAACUGAAGCUUGGGAAUUGUCCAGCUUAGCACACAAGGUCAACAACAUACAUGAGCACCUCACCAAGCAACUCACUCUUUGUUAUCAACACAUUGAUGAGAAGAAAAGCAUCGAAGCUUAUACCACCUUGGUGCGACUCUUCGAAACGAUCCAUAUUGACAACAUGAAGAUUCUCAAGGCAUUGAUUUACGCCAAGGAUGAUAUGCAGCCGCUUCUUGAGGGCUCCACUAAGAGAAGGGUUGGCGUUGAGGUACUACGAAGGAAGAAUGUGUUGUUGCUGAUAUCGGACCUGGACAUCUCCCAAGAAGAACUAUCAAUUAUGGAACAGAUGUACAGGGAGUCUCGUGACCAGCCAACUAGGCCAGAGUCUCAAUAUGAAGUGGUGUGGCUCCCUGUGGUGGAUAGGACUGUUCCAUGGACCGAAGCCAAACAGCGAGAGUUUGAGCGAUUGCAAGUGAACAUGCCAUGGUACUCAGUGCAUCACCCUUCCUUGAUUGAUCCAGCAGUGGUUAAGUACAUCAAGGAUAUGUGGCACUUCAACAAGAAGCCAAUCCUGGUCGUUUUGGACAUACAAGGAAGGGUUGUGAACCCCAAUGCCCUCCACAUGAUGUGGAUAUGGGGAAGCCUUGCCUUCCCUUUCACCAGCAUGAGGGAGGAAGCCCUUUGGAGGGAAGAAACCUGGAGACUCGAACUUUUGGUUGAUGGCAUUGAUCAACACGUACUCGAUUGGAUGGUGGAAGAACGAUUCAUCUGCCUAUAUGGAGGAGAAGACAUAGAUUGGAUAAGGAAAUUCACGGUGGCAGCAAAAUUGGUGGCACAGGCAGCUCGUAUCCCAUUCGAGAUGAUAUAUGUGGGGAAGAGUAACCCAAGGGAGCGAGUGAGGAGGAAUAUCAGCAUCAUCACCACAGAGAAGCUAAGCCAUUGCUGGCCAGACCUGACAUCAAUCUGGUUCUUCUGGAUCCGCUUGGAAAGCAUGUGGCAUUCCAAGAUGCAGCAUGGAAAGACCAUCGAAAACGAUCGCAUAAUGCAAGAGAUCAUGACAAUGCUCACCUUCGAUGGCAGCGAGCAAGGAUGGGCGUUGAUCAGUAAGGGAUCGGCAAACAUGGCCAAAGCCAAGGGGGAUGUGAUCUUGAACUGUUUCCUGAAGUAUGAUGCGUGGAAGGAGAACGUUGACAAUAAGGGUUUCAUUCCAGCACUAACUGAUCAACUUCAAUUGUUGCACACCGCGCAUCACUGCAGUCGCUUAGUCCUACCAGGGAGUAUGGGAAGGAUCCCUGAGAUGGUUGCCUGUACUGAAUGUGGCCGCCCUAUGGAAAAGUUUGUCAUGUACCGCUGCUGCACUGAUUAGCUGCUCCUCUCCAUCAUCACCGUUACCGCAAUCCUACAUCUACGACAUAUGAUUAUUACUAUAUCUAUUAUGAGUUUAUGACUACACUUGUUGUAUAGCCUAUGGCAUGAGUGUUGUGUGAGCAAAACCCUCCGUGUAUGCUGUAAUCACGCUAAGGGUAUAAAUAAAUAAAAAUUUCCUCUUUUGAUAGAAA